CCGGUAUGGAGUACCUAACGGUAACCGAGACCGGAGCAGUAAUAAUACGCUCAUCGACCCAUCACUCAGGAGAGCAGAUUCGGGAUAGACAAGUUGCAGCACAGCUCCUUUCCUUAGUACCUCGGUGUUCUGCUGCAUCGGUGUAUUUCGCCUAAAGGCUGUGUUGCUCUCCUUAUUUCGCUCGCUACCUCAAGGACUCACUAUGGGCUCGCAAGGAGUGGUAAGACAGUUCGAUGUCAGCAACAUCGCAAUCAUCGGCGCUGGGCCGUGCGGUCUUGCUUUCGCCAAAUACUUGCUUGCUCAGAAUGCGUUCAAGAAAAUCGACAUUUUUGAGCAGCAGUCCGAAGCGGGCGGGGUUUGGAAUUAUAGCCCCAGACCUUCCGAUACGCUCCAAGUGCCGCAGGUGAGCGCGGACUGCCCUGCCGAUCCGCCCCUGUCGGUCCCGGGCGAAGAGGCGCCCGUGUUCCCAUCGCCUAUGUAUGAGCUCUUACACACCAACAUCCCGCGCGCGCUCAUGCGGUAUUCGGAUCUUCCGAUACGACAGGAUUCGCUCAUUUUCCCGUCGAGGGUGCACAUCCAGGAGUAUGUGGUUGAGUACGCAAAAGAUAUCCGCCACCUCAUUCGCUUCUCGACACAAGUGCGGGAUGUUCGCUUGAGGCAGGUGGAUGGCCAGGACCGGUGGGAUCUUGACGCUCUGUGUCUUCGAACGGGCAAGACCACGAGCGCUACAUAUGAUGCCGUCGUGGUUGCAUCUGGCCAUUACACUGCCGUGCACAUUCCUGAUGCGAGGGGGAUCCGUGAAUUCCACCAGGCACACCCCGGGGUCAUUCUUCAUUCCAAGCAGUACCGGUCUCCAGCGCCAUUCGCCAAUAAGAAGGUCGUCAUCGUUGGCAAUGCCGCCUCCGGUCUCGACAUCGCGGCGCAAAUCAGCUCUGUGUGCAAAAAGCCGCUAUUGCUAUCCGUGCAGUCCCCCACACCGCAGGCCAACCUAGAGUACGCUGGCGCCGAGGAAGUUCCGGUGAUCGAGGAGUUCCUGGUGGUCGAAAGAGGUAUCCGGUUCCAGGAUGGACGGGUUGAACGCGACGUUGACACCGUCAUCUUCGCUACCGGCUACCUGUUUGCCUUCCCCUUCCUGCGGUCGCUCAAGCCGCCAGUUGUGGCGGACGGGCGGCGGGUGCACGGCCUGUACCAGCACCUGUUCCACAUCGACCACCCGACACUGGUCUUCUCGAGGCUGCCCAUAAAGGUGGUGCCGUUCCCACUCUCCGAGAGCCAGGCCGCCGUAGUUGCGAGGACAUGGGCGAAUUUACUACCGCUGCCGCCCGCCCAGGAGAUGAGGAAGUGGGAGGAGGAAGAGGCCCAGAGACAGGGGGCCAAGUUCCAUGUUUGGCCGGAGGGAGGCGAUGCUGCGUACAUAAACUCGGUCCAUGACUUGAUCACGCGGUCGGGCACACCGGGGAAGGAACCGCCACAUUGGGACCCGGAACUGGUUUGGCAGAGGCAGAUCUACUUCCAAGCCAAGCUAAAAUUCGAGUUGGAUGGGCGAAGGGCUCAUACGCUUGAAGAACUCGGUUUCAAAUACUCACCAAAUGUGGAGAAUAGCUAAGUCGGACAUUCUCCUGUUUUAGACCAA